CCCUCCGUGUGUUCCAACUACCCAAGUGGCCCGUCUCCCUCCAGCCCUGCAGCCAGGACCCAGCCAAGCCUCUGGACACACAGUGGACCUGCCUCUUCCUCCCAGAAUGAUCUCAUUGGCUCCCUGGCAGCUGCUGCUUCUCCUCUGUGUCGCCACCUUUGGGGAGCCGCUGGCAAAGGUGGCACCUGUGGUGAACCCUGGACCCACAGGCCAGUGGUCCGGACCCCAGGAACUCGUUACUGCCUGGGAAAAGGGCCCGCGGUAUGCAGAAAGCAAGCCUGGGGCUGUGGGGCUGCGCGUACGUAGGACGUCGCCAUGCCCGCCGGUCGAGAGCCCCGCGGGGAGCCAGCGGUCCCUGUGUGCCUCCGGCAGUCGCCUGAUUCCUGCGCCCCGCGGAUCGGUGCUGGUGCAGCGCGAGAAGGACCUGUCAGCCUACAACUGGAACUCCUUCGGCCUGCGCUACGGCCGGAGGCAGGCGGCAAGGGCGGCAAGGGCGGGGCCAGCGGCGCGGGGCUGAGUGCUGGGGCUGCAACCCACCCCAUCAGCAGAGGCCAAGGCAGGGAGCUUCUAGA